AUGUAUUCUCUAACCUGCAUAGACGGGUACAAAAUUCCCGUUCGCGAGGAAGUCUACGUCUUGGACAUCCUUCCUCUCACAUCGGGACCAGCCACCAUUUCAUCAGACCAAAAACUUUCACUCUUCAACCCCGCCAAUCUGAGCGCGGGGCCACCUGUUAACCUACUCACACGACACGGAAAUAUCACUUGCGCCAAGGUGUUCCAUGCAGGAAAUGCUAUUGUAUGUACGGCGGGCGAGGAUGGGAGCGUAUCGAUGUGGGACUUAAGACAAGAUGCGAGGCAAGCUGAGGUUGCAAGACUAACAGAUAAUCGAUAUCCCGUAUUAUCCCUAGCGUGCUCGAGUGCAGGUUUCUCAGUCGUAGCUGGUACCGAAUUGCAGGACCAUCAAGCAUCCAUAUUAGUGUGGGACGUCCGCUCAACACCCACUCCGAAACUCCAUUACAAGGAAGUGCAUAGCGACGAUGUGACAGAGCUUAACUUUCACCCAAGCGACCAUAACAUCCUCCUCUCAGGGUCAACAGAUGGUCUCGUGAAUAUCUGCGAUACCAGAAUUACCGAUGAGGAUGAGGUUAUAAUCCAGACUUUCAACCAUGACUCCUCCAUCCACCAUGCGGCAUUUUUGAACGACACCGAAGUGUUUGCGCUAUCUCAUGAUGAAAAAUUGGCGCUUUAUGAUGUAGCCGAAAGCCACGAGAACGGAGCCGCCACAGUUGACUUCGGGGAUAUGAGGGAGGUCCUCGGCUGCCAAUAUAUCGCCAAUGUAUUCGCGAAGUCGAAUAGCGCCGGAGCCGUGAUCGGUGCUGGUACACAUGAUAAACAAUCGUUCGAGAUGGUCUACCUGACAAAAAGUCAAGCCUGGAAUUUUGAUCGAGAUAGCAGUGUCGUCCUGCCUGGAGCACAUUCUUCCGAAAUUGUCCGAAGUUUCUGCUUCUACGAUGAAGCGCAGACGGUUUUCAGCGCCGGCGAGGAUGGAUAUAUAAAAGCUUGGAGGCCCAACGCAUAA